AUGAGGGGGGUGCGAGUAAAAAGCACCGGCUGCCUGCAGGGAGGGGAGGAGGGACCUGGGCGUGCGCCUCCCGGGCUCGGCUCCCGUCCGCUAGGUGGCAGCCGGAGCCAGCGAUUUCUGCAGGCCCCGCGCGGGACCCGCUCUCACGCCCGCCCCUCCUCCCGCGACCAAUCGCCUUCGGCAGAAGAAGCAGAAGAAGGAGCAAGAAAGAGGAAAAGAAGAGGAUUAUUUAUUCGACCUACUUUGGAUGUCUCUCUCGCGACCCCGGGCCAGCCAGGAGCGCCUGCCACCCCCGGCACGGCAGGGGACAAGGGCCAGGGCCCGCCCGGCUCGGGCCAGAGCCAGCAGCACAUCGAGUGCGUGGUGUGCGGGGACAAGUCGAGCGGCAAGCACUACGGCCAAUUCACCUGCGAGGGCUGCAAAAGUUUCUUCAAGAGGAGCGUCCGCAGGAACUUAACUUACACAUGCCGUGCCAACAGGAACUGUCCCAUCGACCAGCACCACCGCAACCAGUGCCAAUACUGCCGCCUCAAGAAGUGCCUCAAAGUGGGCAUGAGGCGGGAAGCGGUUCAGCGAGGAAGAAUGCCUCCAACCCAACCCAAUCCAGGCCAAUACGCACUCACCAACGGGGAUCCCCUCAACGGCCACUGCUACCUGUCCGGCUACAUCUCGCUGCUGCUACGCGCAGAACCCUACCCCACGUCGCGCUACGGCAGCCAGUGCAUGCAGCCCAACAACAUCAUGGGCAUCGAGAACAUCUGCGAGCUGGCCGCGCGUCUGCUCUUCAGCGCCGUCGAGUGGGCCCGCAACAUCCCCUUCUUCCCGGACCUGCAGAUCACCGACCAGGUGUCUCUGCUACGCCUCACCUGGAGCGAGCUGUUCGUGCUCAACGCGGCCCAGUGCUCCAUGCCGCUGCACGUGGCGCCGUUGCUGGCCGCCGCGGGCCUGCACGCCUCGCCCAUGUCCGCCGACCGCGUCGUGGCCUUCAUGGACCACAUCCGCAUCUUCCAGGAGCAGGUGGAGAAGCUCAAGGCGCUUCACGUCGACUCGGCCGAGUACAGCUGCCUCAAAGCCAUCGUGCUGUUCACGUCAGACGCCUGUGGCCUGUCGGAUGCUGCCCACAUCGAGAGCCUGCAGGAGAAGUCGCAGUGCGCCUUGGAGGAAUACGUAAGGAGCCAGUACCCUAACCAGCCCAGCCGAUUCGGUAAACUGCUACUGCGGCUGCCCUCCCUGCGCACGGUGUCCUCCUCCGUCAUCGAGCAGCUCUUCUUCGUCCGUUUGGUAGGUAAAACCCCAAUCGAAACUCUCAUCCGUGAUAUGUUACUGUCUGGGAGCAGCUUCAACUGGCCUUACAUGUCCAUCCAGUGCUCCUAGAUCUUGGGCGCUCCCCACCUGCUCCCGCUUCCCUAGAGACUCAGAGGACCAGUGGGGGCCAUGGACUGUAAAGCCUUGGGGACACCGGGCUGCUGAUGCGGGGUACAGCCUGGCAGGCUGGGCAGGGGGUGGAGGGAAGUGGGCUGGGAGGACAAGGAGCGGCCCACCCUGCAGAAGUGCAAGCUGAGCUCCAAAUCAGGAGAAAAAGAGACUCUUUUAGGAUCAGAUCUGUGAACACGGUGGAAAGGAAAGAAAAAGGACCUUGUGUCUGGUGUGAAAAACAAACAAAUUUUUGGAAGAGAGGACCAUGAGAAUUUUAAUAAAACAGAAGGAGACUAAUGGACCUUCCAGGAUUUAUUGUGGACGGCUGUGGAUAUAUUAUGUACAGAAAACACACUUGAAAGUGGACUGAAUCCUAUGUAGAAACACACACCCCCCCCAACAUUGUUAUUCAUUUUGUAAAAUACUAGUCUUUAUUUUCAUUUUUUGUAAAAUUUAAACAUCGUAUGCACAUAAAAAAGGAAACAAGAAUUAGGGGAAAAUAACAUUUUCCAAAUAAUUAUAAAAAAUUGUCCUGUGUCUAUGUAUCUAUAUCUGUUUUGUAUUUUUUUCUGGUUCCAAACCAGAUUUCCUGUGAUUCUAUACUAAUAAUUUUUGAUAUAACCCUUUGCUUCUUAUAAUGAGUGCGAUAUAUGUUGUCAAGGCUGUUCUUCAAGAAUUAAAAUUGAAGUGAAAAUUUAAACAAAAAUAAAAGAAUUUAGCAAAA